UAAAUUCCCCGUCUCCAGUGUCCAGUCUCCAUCUUCUUCCUCUUCACCGAUUCCUCCCCGAAUUCGUCCCUUCACACUCUCAGACCUCUUCUCUCCUCAUAAUUUUUCGCGCCUCACCGCCGGCGACGGGGCCCAGGGCCUUCCCUCGUCGUCAGGCGUAACGCCCCGCCAUCUUCCCCUUCCGCGCUCUCUGUUGGUGCUACUGGGCUCGCGCGCGCGGAGAUCCGUCCGGGGUUGGAAUCGCUUCUUCUCCUGCUGAAGAUGAGCGAUGUACUCACCAAAACCAGAAGCUAGUUUUGGCUCAGCUCUUACAAACUCAGUUGCGCACCAGCAGCAGAUGGAAUUAGGUGGAAACAACAUGUCUCCUAAUAAUGGAGCAAAUAACAAUGCCAACUUGUCUGCGAGGCAACGCUUACGGUGGACAAAUGAACUGCAUGAAAGAUUUGUUGAGGCUGUUACUCAGCUUGGUGGUCCUGACAGAGCAACUCCUAAAGGAGUUCUAAGAAUUAUGGGUGUACCAGGAUUGACAAUAUACCAUGUGAAAAGCCAUUUGCAGAAAUACAGGCUGGCAAAGUAUAUUCCCGACUCCUCAACUGAUGGUAACAAGGCUGAUAACAAAGACCCAGGGGAUUUGCUCGCAGGACUUGAGGGAUCCUCUGGAUUGCAGAUUUCCGAAGCCCUCAAGCUACAGAUGGAGGUCCAAAAGAGGCUGCAUGAACAGUUAGAAGUACAAAGGCAGCUGCAGUUGCGAAUUGAGGCUCAGGGCAAGUACCUCCAGAAGAUAAUUGAGGAGCAGCAGCGUCUCGCUGGUGUAAAACCUGAAACACCUGUUGCAAGUGCUUCUGUCACAGUAUCUGGUGACCAAUUCCCCGACUCCGAGAGGACUGACCCCUCGACUCCUGCACCUACAUCCGAGUCCCCAACUCAAGGUGUCCCUUCCAACAGGGACCAUGGAAGCCGAACUGAAGCAACCAAGAGCCCUUGCCAUGAUUCUAUCUGCCACCGUGAACCGCUAACCCCUGAUUCCAACUAUCAGACUGGUUCACCUGCCACUAGUCCAAAGCACGAGAGGGCAACAAAGAGGCAGCGAGGCAAUGGUUCUGAAUUAGUAGAGGCUGAGGUUUCCCUUCCACGCCACAUCUUCGAGUCGAGCUCAGGCUCAGAGUUCCAACAAUAUUUUAUGUCUUACUCAGACCAUUAGUCCCCGGUGAUUGCAUUAUUACCAGUUUGUUCAAGAGGCUGUGUGAUCGGAUCCACAUGGUAACUCUUGGUAGAAUGUUGUUGUCUUAAGAGAUAGUAUUGUUGGUAGACAAAGUUGUAGGUGUUCGGGUGAUUGUUUACAUGAUAUACAUGGCAGCUAUUUAAGUUCCUAGGUUUGUAAGUUGUAACGUGUACGCUUGUUGGUAGUUCAGUUGAGAACUUGCGAUGUAUUAGUCUGGGCUAUGUUACCCAGCAUGAUGUAAACUUCUGUUCUCCA